UUCUCUUCUUUACUCGCCAACACCAUUUGCAAGGCUGGGCAUGAGUCGACGAUUCUUGCAAUUUCCUGCAGGGUUCCUAUUUAUCCGCCCUAUCCGGACCCGGACCCGCUCUAUACCGGGAAGGCGGCUGUUGUCACUGCAGACGACCACAUCGGAUCCGUGCCGACAAUUUAAAGAUCGUCAUCAAGAGUCAGCGAGGAGGAAUAAGGCCGUACGCUGUGGGACUGAUCAAAGCCCAGUCUCCAAGUCCUUUCGGUUCACUGCCAGCAUCCAUAGCAUGUCUUCACAGCCAGUGCCGGGAGCUGCUGCUGCUGCCCCCAAGGCGUCACAGACGGGUGCUUCAGGGGCCGAGGCAUCAUGCAGCACGACGGUGGGUGACAAGACGGCGGCAGCGCCGAGCGCCCCCGAACCGGAACCCAAGCUGCCUCCGUUAUCUGCAGCCGAGUACAGGGAGUACAACCGCCUCGCGGAAAUGAUGACAUACUUUCACAAUCACUUUAAACAAACAUGGAACAUGAUGUACACAGCCGCCGGCAACAACCGCCGCCCGGCCAACAUGUCGCUGAGGCAGUUCAUCGACACGGGGCUUACCUUUGUGCGGCAGCUGACCAUGCACCACAACAUCGAAGAGGAGCUUCUGUACCCACAGCUCGCCGUCCGGAUGGACGAGUUCCGCAACCAGGACGGCAAAAAGGGUGGUAGCAAGCCCAACCGCAAGCAGUCGGAGCUCAUCCGCCAGCACCGGCUGAUCCACGAGGGCAUGGACCGGUUCGAGGACUACCUCACGGAAUGCCGCCGCGGUCAGCUCGACUUUGACAUGGCCACGCUCAAGACCAAGAUGGACGACUGGAACGACGUCUUGUGGCUUCACCUCGACGCCGAAGUUGAGACGCUCAAGGCCGAGAAUAUGAGAAAGUAUUGGACGCUGUCAGAGAUCAGGAGGUUGCAGAUUUGAGAAGAAGAAAAAGAAAAAGAAAAAAAGAGCGGGGACGGGAGGAGGAUAGGAGAACGGGGGGAAAGGAUCUUGACAGUUUAG